AUGUCCAAUGAGGGUAAAAAAAACAUGUACCAGAAGUCAGAACUCAUUAGAGAUCAGAUCCUUCAAAGUACAGAGAAUCCGUAUGAAUGCAAUGAGCACAGAAAAGCCGUUCACCAGCAAUUAUCGCUAAUUGGGCACCGGAGACUCCAAACAAGGAAAAAAUCUUAUGAAUGUAGGGAGUGUGGAAAAGAGUUUCCUCAUAAGUCAAGCCUGAUCAUUCAUGAGAGGGUCCACACAGGGGAGAAACCUUAUGAAUGUAAGACGUGUGGAAAAGUUUUUUCUCGUAAGUCGCACAUGAAUGCACAUCACAGAUUGCACACUGGGGAAAAACCUUUCAAAUGUAUUGAGUGUGGGAAAUGCUUUUCUUACAAGCAACACCUCAUUGAACAUCAGAGAAUCCACACUGGGGAAAAACGUUACGAGUGCAAUGAGUGUGGAAAAGCUUUUCUUUAUAAGUCAAGCAUAAUCAUACAUAAGAGAACCCACACUGGGGAAAAGCCUUAUGAGUGUAGUGAGUGUGGAAAAGCUUUUUCUGCUAAGUCAAGCAUUAUAUCACAUCGGAGAAUCCACACCGGGGAAAAACCUUAUGAAUGUAGUGAGUGUGGAAAAGAUUUUAUUCGUAAGUCAAACCUCAUUGCGCAUCAGAGAAUACACACUAGGGAAAAACCCUAUGAAUGUAGUGAGUGUGGGAAAGGCUUUCCUGAUAAGCCACAGCUCUUUAGACAUCAGAGAAUCCACAGUGGGGAGAAACCUUUUGAAUGUAGUGAGUGUGGAAAAGCUUUUUGUUACAAGUCAAACUUUAGAUCACAUCAGAGAAUCCACACAGGAGAGAAACCUUAUGAAUGUAGUGAAUGUGGAAAAGCUUUUCUUUAUAAUUCAAGCAUGAUCAUACAUCAAAGAAUCCACUCUAGGGAAAAGCCUUAUGAAUGUAGUGAGUGUGGGAAAGGCUUUCCUUGUAAGCCACACCUCAUUAGACAUCAGAGAAUCCACACUGGGGAAAAGCCUUAUGGAUGUAGUGAGUGUGGAAAAGGCUUUUCUAAUAUGGCACAACUCAUUAGACAUCAGAGAAUCCACACUGGGGAAAAACCUUAUGAAUGUAGUCAGUGUGGAAAAGCUUGUUCUCAGAAGCCACAGCUAAUCAGACAUCAGAGGGUCCACACAGGGGAGAAACCUUAA